AUGAAACAAGAGAAUUCUAUUGUAGAUAGCUAUAAUAAUUCACCUUAUCGUAAUCAUAUUGCUGAAAGGGUGGACUAUGAUUUAGUUAUGAGUGAUAUAUAUAAUGAAAAAAAUCAACUUCAAAGUAAUUCUAUUGAAAAAGAAGAAAUCGUAAGAUUAAUUUUACAAACUCUUAAAGACUUUGGAUACAAUUCUUCUGUCUCUCAUUUAGAACAUGAAUCUGGUUUUUCGAUUGAAUCUUCACAUGUUUUACAAUUUAAAGAAUCCAUCAUUUCCGGGGAUUGGAAGCGUGCAGAAGAACUUCUUAAUUCAUUUUUUAUGCACCAAUCAGAACUUCCUACGAAUAUUUUAUUUUAUCUUAGACAACAAAAGUUUUUAGAACUUUUAGAAAUAAAAAAAGUUCCAGAAGCAUUAGUAGUUUUAAGAGAAGAACUUACUCCGCUUAACUAUAAUAAAGAAAGAUUACAUUUCCUUACUAGUCUAAUUAUGUCUUCUUCUGUUGAAGAUCUCAGAACAAGAGCUUCAUGGGAAGGCGCAAAUGGAGGUUCACGACAAAAACUUCUCAAAAAAGUUUCAAAAUAUAUAUCUCCCACUCUAAUAAUUCCUGAAAAAAGGCUUAUGAAGCUUUUAAUCCAAGCUAGAAAUUAUCAAAUAUCACAAUGUUUAUAUCAUACAAAUUCUAAUUUUUCAUCAUUACUUUCAGAUCAUCAUUGCGAAAAGGAUCAAUUCCCUAAUACUGUUAUUAAGAUUCUAAGAGACCAUACAGAUGAAGUAUGGUGUACUCGAUUUUCACAUAAUGGAAAAUACUUAGCAUCUGCUUCAAAAGAUUCUACUGCUAUUAUUUGGAAUCUUCAGACCUAUAAACCUUUAUACGUAUUAAAAGAGCAUGAAAAACCGGUUAUAUACGUGGAUUGGUCACCUAGUGACGAGCUAAUCUUGACAUGUGGUCAAGACCAUAUGGCAAAAUUAUGGGACGUUAGAUCUGGUAUUUGUAUAAGAACAAUAACACAUCAUAAAGAUUUUGUAACAUCAUGUUCAUGGCUCCCCGAUGAAUCAGGGUUUAUCACUGCUAGUUUAGAUAUGGAUGUUAUUCUUUGGAAUAUUGACGGGAUAAUAAUUCAUCAAUGGAAAGGUUCAAGAGUUUAUGAUCUUGCAGUGACACCAGAUGGGAAAAAAUUUAUAGCAGGAGGAACAGAGAAGAUGCUUCAUGUUUAUAAUCUUUUAAAUAGAACUCUUGAAUUUAGUUUUUUAAUGCAGAGUGAUUUAACAUGUAUUAGUAUUUCGAAAGACUCAAAAUUUGCAAUUAUAAAUGUAUCAUCACAGGAAGUUUAUUUAUGGGAUCUAGAAAAGAUGCAAGUUGUUAAAAAAUAUGCUGGUCAACAUCAAGGCAAUUAUAUAAUACGAUCGUGUUUUGGAGGUGCUCAAGAAAAUUUUAUUUUAAGUGGAAGCGAAGAUUCUCAAGUUUACGUAUGGCAUAGAGAAAAUGGUUCCCUAAUUGAAACCCUUAAAAGUCAUAAGGGUACUGUAAAUUCUGUUUCAUGGAGCCCUGUUAAUCCUGUAAUGUUUGCAUCUGCAGGAGAUGAUCAUACUGUUAGAAUAUGGGCCAAAUCUUCUACUUUAUCAAAAAAUAACAUUACUGAUGAUGUAUUCUUGGAUUAA